GUUUUUUGCAAUGUCCUGUUUUUAGUUAAACCCAAGAUGUCAGCCCCCAUUGACAUGUGAAUGGAAAGGUCAACACAUGUCGUCAGUCGUGUUCAUUAGUGUAUAAAAACAAAGAAUGGCUCGUGUGGUACAGAAGUUUGUAUCACAUCAUCCGGACUUGUUCUCCCAGCAUGCACUAGUUGUGACUUCCUGUCGCUGCAAAGGAACAUGGAAGCAGAAAAUACUGAGACGUGAGGACAGAAAGGAUCGAGUGGUUCAGUACGCGGCAGAGAAUGCCAAACAAGAACGUGUAUAUGUGUGGGGAUGUGCCACCACUGGGGCACUCGGAAUUCAGACAUAUUUGAGGCCAGACAAGAGACAGUCUGCCAUACCAAGACAGAAGAGACCUGCCAGGUUAAAGUUCACAGACAUACACAACAUCAAGGUGAAGAGCGUGGCAUGUGGAUACGGCUUCACCGUGUUUACAGCCAGGACCCCACAAGGGCACAGGCUGUUUGGGACAGGAAUAAACACAGACUCACAGCUUGGGUACCACGAAUAUCCCCGAGGUUCAGGCCGUGUCCUUGACAUCAUAGUAGAACCAGUUCCUAUUUCUCUCCCCUUGUUGUCCCCGGACACCACCAGGGUGCAGGAUGUGUCGUGUGGUCGUUCCCACACUGUUGUCAUCACAGACAAGGAGGGAGUUUUCAGCUUGGGCAACAACUCCUGUGGUCAGUGUGGUCGGUCAGUGGUGGAGGAUGAGGUGUACGCCAAGAACCCAAACAUCAACAAGAUUCAUGAUCUACCAGACAGUGUUGAGAAAGUGGUGUGCGGACAGGACCACACCCUGUUUCUGACGGACACUGGUCAGGUUUACAGCUGUGGGCUGGGUGCUGAUGGACAAACAGGUCUGGGAAGUUACAAGAAUGUGUCAGCGCCGACCCUGGUAGGGGGGGAUAUGAAGGAUGAGAAGAUUGUGAACAUUGCGUCUACUGCUGACUGUGUGCUGGCUGUCUCAGACAAGGGAGAUGUAUUCGGAUGGGGUAACUCUGAAUACAACCAACUCUCCAUGGUAACAGACCAUGCCCAGGUUUCUGAGCCUAAACAUCUUCCCUUGAGGAAUUGUGGGAAAAUCAUCCAAGCUGCUGCUGCUGGCUCCUCAUGUGCUAUACUCAACGACAUAGGAGAGGUGUUUGUGUGGGGGUACGGGAUCCUCGGUAAAGGACCUGUCCUGGAGGCAGCAGAUCGGCCACAGAAGAUUCCACCAACAUUGUUUGGCUGCCAUGAGCUCCAGUCUGAGUCUAAAGUUGUUGAUAUUGUCUGUGGAAUGGGCCACUUUGUAGCCAGGACAGACACAGGUGACGUGUACACAUGGGGGAAGAACAGAGAAGGAUGUCUUGGGCUCGGCAAGACAGAAGACCAAUUUUUCCCACUAAAGGUGUCGAUGCCGGCAGCAGCCCACACUAUCCGCUGUGGGGUGGAUCACACCGUGGUACUCUGCAGGUCUUUCUGUUGACUGGAACAACCUGGAGGUCAUGAUAGAACUUUGUACUGUGUAGGACAUCAUCGGGACAACAUCUUACAUGAUGGCCUUCAUAUGGAUAUGAUUGAUUUCACAACACUGUGAUAGCCUUGCUUGGGACAACAUUGUGACAGCCUUCAUGGGACCAUCAUGACAGGCUUGAUUGGGACAUCGUUAGAGCCUUGAAGGGGACAUUGUGAAGAUCUUUAUGGGACAUCGUGACCAUCUUCAUGGAAACAUCAUGACUAUCUUCAUUGGGACAUGGUCUGUCUUCAUGGGACAUGGUGGCUAUCUUCAUGGGGACACAGUGACUAUCUUCAUAAGGACAUUGUGACUAUCCUCAUGUGGAUAUUGGGACCAUCUUCCUUGGAACAUCAUGAUAACCUUGAGUGGGAUAUUGUGACAGCCUCCAUGGGGACAUCAUGACUAUCUUCAUUGGGACAUAAUGAAUGACAGCCUACUUGGAGACAUAAUGACAGUCUUCAAGAGGGCUAUGGUUUAGUCACCUCAAGGGGAACAGCUAUGACAUGGGGUAUUCAAGUGCAAGAGACAAGCCUCUCGCUGCUGCAUGCUUGACAUUCUGCCUUGUGUUUUCUGCAACUAACCCAAAUAAUGAUAACAAGGCUGGACAAAAACUGAGGAGUUUCUUCUCGCCUGAUGGAUACCAGACAUAACAUGGGGCAGACUUCUUCAGUGCCUGAGAGAUGCAGUUGACAUUUAGAUAUUGCAUCUGUUAAGGAAUAAAAUAAGUUGAUGAUGUCUAUAUUUAGAAUAUUUCAUUUUUAUUAGAUCAGUAUUAUAUACUGGACAAAAUAAGUUAGGGAUGUUGGUAUUCAUAUUAUAAUCUGGAGGUCUUAUUCUAACUUUCCCAUUAAAAAAAUUAGGUGUAACAUGUGCGGGUUUUUUUAAGCUAGGCACAGUUAUCAACAGGCAUGCUACACCCAUUCUUCACUACAGAGGCCUACAUUAACAUAUUUCCCCCAAUUUCUAACAUGUAACAAUGUUCUAAUGAGGAAAUCACAUGUGACUUGUAUGAACACUGCAGUACUCUUGAAGAAAUGCUUCAUUGGCUUUAAGACGAGAAUAAAUUCAGAAUUUGUUUCAUACAACACCA